GUCACAUUUCAAGGGCUUAAUGGUCACAGGUGGCUGCAGCCUACCAAACUGGAUAGCACAGGUCUGUACCAUCAUAAAUCUAGCGCAACAAGGCAAGACCAGAGUCUAAUCCUACAACUUUUUCUGCCAAAAAAAGAAAAACGAAAUGAAAUUCUCAUUGUGAAAAUGUUCUAGUGGGUUACACAAUAAAAGGCCUACCUUUUAGAUACAAUCUUUCAGAUUUUAGUACAAUUUUCUGUCCUUCCUCACCUCCCCUAGGUUCCAGCCUAGGUUCCGCUAGCAUGAAGAGCUCUGUCAAUCUAUGAGAACAGAAAGCCAGGAAGCCUCAUUGAGAGGCUCUUCAGGCUCAGCCACAACCAAACCUUUUUUGUUUCCUCUCUCUAUUUCUCAGAAUUUCAGUUCACUUAUCUCCUCUGCAAACUAACUUCCAACCCAACUGAUAACAAAAGAGCUAUCAGAAUGCAAAAGUGUGAAGUCAAAAAUAUCUUUUCUAGAAGCAACCUACGCGGGAUUUCCCAAAAUCAUAAAAUCAGACCAUGGAAAACCCAGGCUUCCUCAUAAUCUAAGAUGGUCCCACCAGUCCACACAAUCUAAUACUUUGGAUUUUUUUUUUUUUAUGGUGGGGGGACAGCGUCAUCUUGAGGGAAAGUAAGGAUGACCAACAGUUCUACCUUCUGCCCAGUUUACAGAGACCUGGAGCCGUUCACAUAUUUUUUUUAUUUAGUUUUCCUUGUUGGAAUUAUUGGAAGUUGUUUUGCAGCCUGGGCUUUCAUACAGAAAAACACAAAUCACAGGUGUGUAAGCAUAUACUUAAUUAAUUUGCUUACAGCCGACUUCCUGCUUACUCUGGCAUUACCAGUAAAAAUCACUGUCGACUUGGGCGUGGCCCCCUGGAAGCUGAGGAUAUUCCACUGCCAAGUAACAGCCUGCCUCAUCUACAUUAAUAUGUACUUAUCAAUUAUCUUCCUAGCAUUUGUUAGCAUUGAUCGCUGUCUUCAGUUGACAUACAGCUGCAAGAUUUAUCGAAUACAAGAACCUGGAUUUGCCAAAAUGAUAUCGACUGUUGUAUGGUUAAUGGUCCUUCUUAUAAUGGUGCCAAACAUGGUAAUUCCCAUCAAAGACAUGAAGGAAAAGCCCAACGUGGGUUGCGUGGAAUUCAAAAAGGAGUUUGGAAGAAACUGGCAUUUGCUGACAAAUUUCAUAUGCAUAGCAAUAUUCUUCAAUUUCUCAGCCAUCAUCUUAAUAUCUAACUGCCUUGUCAUUCGACAACUCUACAGAAACAAAGAUAAUGAAAAUUAUCCAAACGUGAAAAGAGCUCUCAUCAAUAUACUUUUGGUGACUACAGGCUACAUCAUAUGUUUUGUUCCUUAUCACAUUGUCCGAAUCCCAUACACCCUCAGCCAGACAGAGGUCAUAUCUGACUGCUCCACCAGGAUUUCACUUUUCAAAGCCAAGGAGGCCACACUGCUGCUGGCUGUGUCCAACCUGUGUUUUGAUCCGAUCCUGUACUAUCACCUCUCAAAAGCUUUCCGCUUAAAGGUCACGGAGACGUUUGCUUCACAUAAGGAGACCAAGGCUCAGAAAGAAAAAUCAGGUGGUGAAAACAAUGCAUAAAAUAUGGGAUUUUCUCACGCUAUCUCUUCCUGCCUUACUGGACAAUUGAGUGUACAAAACUGCUGGGAAGGAGGGGAAGAAAGAGCCUCCAUAAGUAAAAACACAGGCAGCUAGCAAAUGUGGCUUGGUUCACUGAGAAACCCUGUUUCUAAAUGCAAGCCAAGCAGUACUCUCGUGGUUGUCGAUGCUCCUUAACCCAAACGUUUGUACAAAAAACUAAAACGUCUUGUUGCACCGACAUAAACCCUGCAAUAUCCUUGAAAUCUAAAUGGCCUCUAUGACACAGACUGAAGUAUUCAUGCGGUAUUCAUUUAAAGGCCUGGAACUGACUUCCUGAUAGAAAUAUGCAAAAUAAUCUCCAUGUCAGUUUCCAGAAAGCCCUUCAGCAAUACGAUUUAAAGUCCUUUAGAUCGGUUAAAAAAAAAAAAAAAAAAAAAAAAAGCCAGCUUAUUUGUUAAGUGAAACCACCUGGGCUGUGCCUGAUUUUGUUUUAAUCCAUCACUUCAAAAAUGGUAACCUUUUAGCUCACUACUCCAAUUUUUAAUAGCUAAUUGUUUCCUACCACAAUAGCUUGAAAUUCUCUUAAGCUUUUUUUUUAAGCUUAAUUUAAAAAGGCUUGGAAAUACAUGGAUAGUUUUUAAUGAACUAUAUAUCCUUAUAUUCUACCUGUAGGCUAUAAAUAAAGAUUUUCUACUGUCAAUAAUGACAAAUCCAGUGAUUCCUUAGUAUUAUUUUGUAGCAAUAUGAAAUAGACCCCAUAACAUUUUCAAGGGGGGUUGUUAAAUUAUACUAACUGCUAAAACUACUGUUUUGGAACUCACAUCAAAGGUAUGGAAAAAUAGCACCAGUCACAUGGUCUUCAGACAGACAGGCCGACACCACAUAGCAAGGCCUUGUUAGAAAUGCAGCACGUGCUGGGCUGAUGGGUGCCAGCCAGGUCCUGAAGAUGAGUCUGACCCCAUGUAGGGCCGGCAGUUUAAAGAAUGGGUGACUCUACUCUCAGGGUCACAACCCGUUGAUCAAAUUCUCUCAAAUGCCAGUAAUGCAGCAUGGAUUCAAUAGUUGGUAAUAAAUAAAAUACUUAUUUAGGGAAAAGAAGGCUGAGAAGUUUAGACAAGCAUACCUAAGGCUUUGUAUCUUUUUUUUUUGUUUCAGUUACAAAAGUCGACAUUAAAACAAUUGGUAAUGCA